AUGGAGGAGGUACGGCAGAUGGUGCACGCAGCGCACUUCAUUUCCCGGCGGCCAGCGCUGAUACGCGCCGAUCUGUGCGGGGACGCGGACAACAAGGACGUCCUCUUUGAUGCCUCGACUCUCCCCAAGCUGGAAUCACCCCUCGUCCCCAGGAAACUAGGCAAGUCCCUGAAGAGAGGGACCAGGGCGUGGGGCACGCCCGCUGCCGAACAAGGGCUGUGCGGGUCUCAGGAUGGGCGCUGGCAGGAUUGGAGGUGGAGGUCCCCGGGUAUCGUGGACAAGCUGGAGCUCCUGCGCAUGGGCCCCCUCACCUGCCCCGUGCGCACCCUGGCGGUGCUCAUCGGGACGAUCGACCUGCGGCUGCUGAGCGGUAAGGACAAGGAUGCGGUGUGGAAGGCGCUGCAGGACUCUGUGGCCGAAGCCAGCAGGCUCUACCCCCUGGACGGAGUCACGGAGGUUGCCCAGCUGGAGGCAGCAGUUGAGGCGGGCCACCUGCCGCCAGUCUCCCUGGCCACUGUCGAGGUGGCGGGGGUGGUGUACCAGUUUGGCGCUGGAGCUCCGCCGGGUGCGGCCCAGGUCGGGGAGGCCAGCCAGCUCACCACGUGGAGACCGGUGCUGUGGGCUCAGUUUCACGGUCCACAGGAGGCGCAGGCGUUCUACGACGCCAACCUGGCGCCCAUCGAGGCAAGCGGAACCGCACAGAUCAUCAGGGUCAAGGAAGGCCCGCACAUGGCGACCAGCGCGCCCCCAGCCGAGGGGCACCUGGCGCACAUCGGCCAGGCGCUGCGGGACAGGAUGCAGCAGCCUUGGCGCGAGGCGGGGCUUCUGGAGGCUGCGAUCGGGGACGAGGCUGAUUCUGUAGCUGCUCAGCCAAGCAGGACUGCGCAGCCUGGAAGCCAGCGCGAGGGAGCGGCCGAGCAGGCAGCCCCUCUUGUGUCACGGCCGACUCGGCGAGGGGAUGGGGCGCCCCACCCAGCCGAGGCACGGACGCCGGGGGUGCAGGAGGCAGGCGAUGGGAACGGCCACAUCCGGAUGCGGGGAUCGCCACUCGACCAAUCUGACGACGAAAGCGACUCAGGUCUGGAGUACGGGAUGGAUGCAUGGCAGACAGCUCAUGGCAGUGAGGGGGAGGGCACCACAGACGGACCCUCCGACUCUGAGGAUCUGGGUGAGAGUGACUCGGAGGACGAGGAGGUGGAUGGAAUGGAGGAGGAAGACGAAGGCCUGGAAGGUGCAUUUGUCAUGGAGGGUGUGGAACAGGACGACACGGCGUAUCGAAAUAGGAUCGAAACCAACCUUGUCAGUCCCGUGGUGGGCAACAUCAUCCUCGUGAAGCUGAUUGACCAGGAAAACAUGAUGAGUCGAUCCAUCACCAUGGGCCGCAAGCGCAAUGUUUCUGAUCUGAAGGAGGCCGAUCUUAAGGGCAAGACGGUGUUCCUGCGCGCGGACUUGAACGUCCCCCAGGACAAGGAGACCCAGAAGAUCACCGAUGACACCCGCAUCCGUGCCAGCCUCCCCACCAUCCAGUACUUGGUGAAGAACGGUGCCAGGGUGGUGGCCACCUCGCACCUGGGCCGCCCAAAGGGCGCGGACAAGAAGACCAGCCUGGCCCCCGUGGCGGAGCGGCUGUCGGAGCUGCUGGGCACUCCCGUCGGCCUGGCCUCCGACUGCGUGGGCGAGCCGGCGCAGAGUAAGAUCGCCGCGCUCAAGGACGGGGAUGUGCUGCUGCUGGAGAAUGUGCGCUGGCAUGCGGAGGAGGAGAAGAACGACCCGGAGUUUGCCAAGCAGCUGGCUGCCGGCAGCAACAUCUUCGUCAACGAUGCUUUCGGCACGGCGCACCGUGCGCACGCCUCCACGGCAGGCGUGGCGGCCUACCUCAGCCCCAAGGUGGCGGGCUUCCUGCUGCAGAAGGAGCUCGACUUCCUGGCAGGGGCCAUCGAUGAGCCCAAGCGCCCCUUUGUCGCCAUCGUGGGUGGGUCCAAGGUCUCGUCCAAGAUCGGCGUGAUCGAGAGCCUGCUGGGCAAGGUCGACCGUCUCAUCCUCGGGGGUGGAAUGAUCUUCACCUUCUACCGUGCUCAGGGCUACUCUGUGGGUGCCUCCCUCGUUGAGGAGGACAAGAUCGAUCUGGCCAAGGAACUCAUUGAGACCGCCAAGAGUAAGGGCGUCGAACUGGUGCUGCCCAGCGAUGUCAUCGUCGCCGACAAGUUUGCUCCGGACGCUAACUCCAAGGUUGUCCCUAUCAGCGCCAUCCCCGAGGGCUGGCUGGGUCUUGAUGUUGGACCCGAGUCCUCCAAGACCAUUGCCACUGCGCUCAAGGACGCCAAGACCAUUCUGUGGAACGGGCCUCUGGGAGUGUUUGAGUUUGAGAAGUUUGCCCAGGGCACCAACAAUGUGGCGCACCUCCUGGCCGACCUCACCCAGAACAAUGGUGCCAUCACUAUCAUUGGGGGCGGCGACUCUGUUGCAGCAGUGGAGAAGGCUGGAGUGGCAGACAAGGUCAGCCACAUUUCUACGGGCGGUGGAGCCUCCCUGGAACUGCUAGAGGGCAAGGUCCUUCCUGGUGCGUCGGUGGGAGGGGGUGGAGGAGGGGGGAAUUAG